UAAGAUAACCUGCCCACAGUGCUGCAGUGGAGUCCAAGGUAUGACCUGGGCAAACAAACUCUGGUGUUAUCUGUGAGAUAGUCAGUUGAAUCCCGUCGAACUUGCACGAGACUUCUUCAUCAAUGGUUCACUUAUAAAUUUUUUUGGGGAUCUUUGAAAAUGGGACCUGGCUCAAAAUCAGUGUCGACACUCCUCCUGGUCGCUGGACUUGCGUGCUCUGCGUGCGGUCUGUGGCUGAACAGCAAGUCGCGACAGUACGGUCGCCUGGGAGAGCCGAUCGUCCACCCUGAAACACCCCUUCCUCCGGACGAGUGGUUCAAACAGAAACUGGAUCACUUUAAUGCAGCUCACAAAGUUUUUUGGAAUCAGCGUUACCAGACAAAUGGCUCGUAUUACAAAGUUGGUGGUCCAGUUUUCUUGAUGAUCGGUGGAGAGGGAGAAAUCUCGGCAAAAUGGAUGGUGUCUGGUGCGUGGAUCGACUACGCUAAAAAGUAUAAUGCUCUGUGCUUCCAACUCGAGCAUAGAUUUUACGGGAAAAGUCAUCCCACUGAGGAUAUGAGCGUUGAGAAUCUGGGGACGCUGAACAGCGAACAGGCGUUGGCGGAUUUGGCGUGGUUCAUUAGAGGAAUGAAUCGCAAGUACAAACUCCCGAGAGAGACCAAAUGGAUUGCGUUCGGCGGUUCGUAUCCCGGAUCUCUGGCUGCGUGGCUCCGCUACAAGUAUCCCCAUUUGGUAUACGGUGCCAUCUCUUCCAGCGGACCACUUCUGGCUAAGGCAGAUUUCUCAGAAUACUUUGAUGUGGUGAAGGCUAAUUUAGUCAAAGAAAGUGGCUACCUAUGUGCUGAUACUAUUAGUCAGGCUUAUGCUUCCAUUUACAAUAAAUGGAGAAACGUUAAUGAGCGCUCAUUACUGCAAGGUAUAUUCAAUUUGUGUGACCCCCUCGGAGACGAUGUUUUAGACUUCACAAAUCUGAACUCGGAGUUGUCCGACAACAUCGCUGAAGUUGUGCAGUACAACAAAGAUAACAGAGCGUCGUCAUUGAACAUAACAAUCACAAACAUUUGUGAUAUUUUGACUAAUCCCAGUAAUGGAGGCUCGCUCAAAAGAUUUGCAGUAUUGAAUGACUUUAUCGCAGAGCGCUCUGGAAGAGAAUGUCUGGAUUACAAAUACGAUAAAAUGAUUAAAACAUAUCAAAAUACUUCUUGGGAAGGAGAAGAUGCAGCAUCUCGCACUGCAGCAAGGUCAUGGUAUUAUCAGACAUGCACCGAAUUUGGUUUCUACCAAACGUCCGAAAAUCCUCAAAAUCUGUUGGGAAGUAGUCUGCCACUCGAAUUCUACCAAAAGAUGUGCACCGACAUUUAUGGAUCUGAGUUUAAUGAACAUCUCUUGCACGAAGCCAUCGACGAAACGAACACCAUGUACGGUGCUCUCUCGCUGAUUGUGGAUCACGUUGUUUUCGUCCACGGAACUGUGGAUCCAUGGCAUGCCCUCGGCAUGAUGAAAAAGAGUUACCCUGGGGCCAAAGUAAUAGUGAUCAAAGGUACUGCUCAUUGCGCGAACAUGUAUGCACCAUCUGAAAAUGACUCGCAAGAGUUGAAGCAGGCUCGCGUAGAGAUUUCAGAAGUUCUUGGUUCUUGGCUUAGUGAAGGUCAUCGCUUAAAUUCUGAAUCGCAAAGUUAGGCGUUGCAUUUUAAGCGAUUUCAGAAUGAAACCGUCAAUGUCACAUUGUCUCACCAUGCCGACAACUAAAAGAGCAAAGUCCUCGAUGCACCAGAGGUGAUUGGGGAUCCUGAAUCAGAACUGACCGUGGCUGAUUCAACAAAUUAGCGCCAUAAAGCAGGGGCCUAAGAGUCUUCCAUUCUCAAAUUUUGAUGAUUUAGCCAUGAUUCAUAAUCAUGACUUGAUUUCCUACCUCCUGGUAAAAUAUAUAUGCCGAUGGCUAAAGGUGAAAAAUAGCGUAUCUCAGAUUGCAAUGUUAUAAAGUCCACGCUGAUGUUCAAUUUUUUUGAAGAAACACCAGCCAAUAAUUUUUUUUUUAAAUUUUUUGAAAAUUUUCCGCACUUAUUCUAAAAUUAUCGCAUAAAAUCGCAAGUAGAUUUUCCGAUCAGCUUUCCUGAGGGAAAAUAAAACAUAAUCGGAGAUUUUCGAACGAGGCAAUUAUAAGAUACACUUUUUUCGCAUUUGGUCAUCGACGUAUGGUUUUUGAUAAUAAAAUUAGUUUUUUCUCUCCGAGGCCCACCUGCCUCGCAACGAAUUUGGCCACGACGCCUGAUGGUUAGGCCACCAGUGCUUUUCAGAUUUUACCACAUGUUUUUCCAAUGAAAUCUCAGCAGAUAAAAUACGAGCCAAAACGAACACUACAGUAUAGCUAUUCCACUGUCGCGGAACCAAACUUGUUGCGAAUUGAAUUAAAACGAAUGAAAUAGAUUGUGAAUCAAACAUUCAAUAAAAUAUAAGAAAUAAUUUUUUUCAA